AUGGCUAGUAUAAGUAUCGAUCCAGGAGGUAAAACAGGAAUUUAUUAUAAAAAUGGAGAACAAGAACAAUUUUUAGAGAUAAAUAAGCCAUGGAAGGAAACUUAUUUAGAUAUUAAAGAGUUGGUGAAGGAAAAAUUGAUUAAUUUACUGCUUUUUGAGAACACCAACUAUAUUCACAAAAGGACCAAAGACGGGCUUAAUUUAUUCAGAUUGUUGGGGGCUAUUGAAUGUUUGGAGGUUCAGCAAGUAAAAAGUGUCAAUGUCUUGAAAGUUAAAGAAAUGACAAAAAGAUUAUUAAAUGGCAUUUAUCGGAUAAAAGAAAUAGAGUAUAAAAAAGAAACCAAAAGAAAAGAAUAUUUAAAAAGUUGGUUUCCUUAUCAUGAUGAGGAUGGCAAUUAUAUUAAAUAUUCAGAAACAGGAGGUUAUAAUUUGUGUGCUUGUGGAUUUGAAAAGUCUAAUAGCCAUGGUGAUAUAAAUCCUGAUACCAAAUUAGAAGGGGACAAAUUAAUAAUUGAAUAUAACGAUCAGCGAAAGGAAACCAAGGAUAUAAAUAAUAGUAAAUUAGAAAAAAUAAAAUCUUAUUCUCAAAAAUUAGGCAAAAAUGAAUUAUUUUUAUCAGAUUUAGAAAGUAGUUCGAAUACUGGUUCUCCUGAAAAAAGUAAUAAAGGCCUUUAUAUUGGAUUAGCCGUCGUAGUGGGGGUGGCAGUAGUGAUAAUUAUUGCUUGA